AUGAGUUUCCUUAAGAAGGGUGCCGGUAAGUUCAAGCCCAAGGUUCAACCAAGACCUCUUCGGAAGAAAGCAGCCGAAACGGCUGUAGCUGCAGUUACUCUGGCUCCUUCUCCUCCAUCUACUCAAGUUGUUGAUCCAAUUGCUCAAGCUGAUCAUGAAGAGACGCAGAACCCAGAAACUCAAACAGAUGAUACACUAACAAAGGUAUUUUCUGACAAUGAAGGCGAAAGUGCUAUUGUUGAUGAUAUGGUGGACCCGAAAGAUCCAGUGAAUUGGUCCCCAACUAUUCUUGAGAAUGUUAAUGAGGAUCUAAAUCAGCCCCCUACACCGGUUUCCUCUCAGCAUACCAAUAAUAAUAAUAAUAGUAAUAUUCCAAAGCGAAGAACAUCUUCUAGUUCGGUACAACACCUUAGAUUAUCAGGUAUAACGCCUCCUAUUUUCCGUGCGCGGUCUUCAUCCAUUUCCCAGACAGUAGCCUUUUCUAGAUCUACUGACUCCAAUAAGAAGCCAGAGGAAAGAGAAGAAAGAACUCCCAUGCCCAUUGAUAUCCCAGUAAGUGGUAAAAGGCGGCGAUCACUGGUCAAACACUCUUCCUAUAAGCGACAUUCAGUGGCUAGAAGAGGGUCUGUGGCCAUUGCAGAGUCAGAACCUCAAACAGAGAAGUCAAGUGCUGAUACUACAAGAAAUAGUCUGAGACAAGCUACUCCUGUACCUAUCCCCAAGCCUAUAGAAGCAUUGCCGGACUCUGUAGGUAAAGAUUCAGAGAUUGUGAUUGAGAAUACAAAGAGUAUAAGUGAAAAGAGCAAAAAAACAGAAACAUCUGAUGAUAAAGAAUCGACCCCGGUCACUAUACCAAAACCUACUUCUAUACCUAUAUCGGUUCCAACACAAGUUUCUGCUCCCAUAUCAAUACCAACACCCUCGUCAGUCCCCACGAUUAUUCCUGUGCCUACGGGAGAGUUACAAGAUGAGCACGAUCAAGUUUCGGAAUCAGUAGUGGUACAAGGUUCUAAUUCUGUAACAAUCUCAUCUGCACCAUUGACUGCUUCAGGUAGUUAUAAGGAAACAUCACUCGAAAUCCGUAGUCGAUUCCCUCCAAAUACAAAGUUCAUUAUGGCACUUAAUGGAGAAAAGUUGCAAAAAUACAGAUUUUGCUUUGGUACGGAAGAAGACAUCAAGAAGUAUACAGCUGAAGAAUUAUUAAUACCUGUGUGUCCAGAAACAGUUAAGACGGAAAUAACCAAAGUUGAUCAAUUACCUCGUGGAGUUAAAUUUGAAGACACUGAUAUCUAUUCGCAUGUGAGUAUUGACAUUUCUAACUUCAAAAUGGCAGAUUUAUGUAAACCUUUGUUACCUAUUGGAGAAGUUAGUGAGAACUUUGGCAUGGCCCAUAUGGCUAAGCAAAAACAAAAGGAAGCUAGAGAGAAAAGAAGACAAGAUCGAAUACUUGCAAAGGCUAAUAUGAUUUCAUUAGAAGAUACUUUUGAUAGAGAUUUGGAUAAUAAAAGAAUUAAGAAAACCAAAGCUGAACUUGAAGAAGAAGAAGAGAGAGAGGAAGAAUCAAAUCAUGGAUCGACAGCAAUUCAAUUACAACUUACUAGUGAUGGUAAAUUGGAUAUUGAUGAAGACUCAACAGUUGUCAAUAGACAUCAGAUGACCAGUCUGAAGAAUAAGACUAGGGAAGAAGCUAAUCCAUUUGAAAAUCCAGUUAUUUCACUGACAUAUUCCAAACGAAGUCAUACCGAUAAAUGGACUUCUGAAGAAGAGAAACAAUUUUAUAAGGCAAUUCUGACUUGGGGUACUGAUUUUACAUUUAUAGCUCAACUAUUUCCAUAUCGUACCAGGAAACAAAUUAAGGCCAAGUUUAAUUUAGAAGAGAGACACAAUCCUGAAAUAAUUGAAAUGGCUUUACGAAGACGAUUACCAGCAAACUUUGAUGAGUAUAGCCGAGGUAUCAAGGUGAGCUCAGAUGUCCCUAAGAAGAAGGAAAGAACGAAGGAGGAAACCAGAGAUGAGUUUAUUGAAGAGAAGGAAAAAAAUGAUCAUGAUAAUAAUGAAAGUAAGCCAUUAGGUGGUGAUGAAGAGAAGCAGAAUGGGGAAGAGAUUAUAAAAACCCCAUUGGAUAUUUUCAACGAAGAAGUUCGUCGUUUGAGACAACAACACAAGGAGCACAUGGCAUUGAUUGCUAAAGAGAGAGAAAAGGCUAUGAAGGAAGAUGCUGAAGCAAGUAGACUUCGGGAAAUUGAAUAUAGAAGUGGUGGUACUAAGUUUAUUACUCGGUUACGUGGUGCUGAUGCUUUACGGAAAAAUGAAGAGGUUAUGGGGUCAAUUGAUGAUGUCAAACUUCAACUCCGCCAUAAUAUUAAUGAUGAUGACGAUGAAGACCGGGAAUAG